UCAGUGAGGAGGGCGUGGCUAUUCUGUUUAGCGUUGACUGCUUACACUCGUCUUUUAGGUCUUAUUUUGUCAAUGGAUUUUUUAGGAAAUUACUUUUAUUCGACGUUAAUGUGACAUUUAUUAAAAUGAGUAUACAUAAUCUAAGCGUCUCAGAUUUACAUCCUAAUGUUUGGAGAAGAAUGGAGGAGAAAUCUGCCUCAUUUCGUCAAGGAGCAGUGAGCUGGUAUAUAAGAAUCUCCAGACUGGCUGUGGCUGUGGCUAUUAUUAAGUCCAGACCAUCAGGAGGAGCCAGAGAGUUUGCUGAAUCUCUGGCUGAUCGACUCAGACAGCAGGAUGAAGGUUGGAGGUCUAAAGCUCGAGGUCUUCAUGAAGAUCUGCUGCAUGUCAGACAAGAGCUGCUGCUCACGCGCUUACUGUUCAAGACGAGGAGCAACACUGAGCCAGGACAAGGUCAAGAACUCUCUCAGGACGACCCGCACCAGUUAAAGGGUGACUCCGGCUGUGACACUGAUAACAGCACGGAAACACAAAUAUACAUUGCUAAGGGACCAUGUUUGCCUCCAACCCCUCCAAACAGUCAGAACUUUCCCCUCCAGGACAGGCAGUGGCGCCAGGACCACAGGAUGUUAAAACACAUGCAGUUUCUACAGUGUCUGAGUGGCUUGCGCAGAGUUUGUGAGCCGUCUCUGUGUCGCGAUGGUGAUGUGGUCUGGGAUUCAGUAGUGCAAUUGCUGGAUUCCGUGGUGGAGGUUUUCAGGCAGACACAUGUUGGACAGCCUCUAAAUCACCCAGAGCAGCUGCAUCAUGGAACACAAGUGGUGGCACAGACCCUGAGUCUAGGAGGAACACGUCAUGGGUGUUCAGUGCAGCAUUUUAGCAAAGUGGAAAAUCUGUUGAAGGAGAUGAUCAGUCUACUACUAACCAACCAGCAAUUCAAUGCGUUCUCAGUUCAAGAUGUGCUGUCAGAGUGUCUGCUGGCUCUGGGAGGAAGUUGUGUCCUGAGAACUCCAUUUAUUCAACUCUUAAUGUCUCAGACCAUUCAGCUGGCACAGCAGUUAUGGGAAACCUGUGAGAGGUCCAGAGAGGAGCUGCAGCAUCAGAUGGACUGGAUCCUCUAUCAGAAUUCCUUCUAUGUGUUCUGGCUGCUGGAACAACUUGCACAGGACACUAAUUGUAAUGUAAACCAGGAGCUUGUGAUCCACCUGGAAACUAAAGCGUUAACUCUUGCAGAUGAGUUUCCCCUGUUCUCUCUGUAUAUGUGGCGGAUUGGUGGUCUCUUCAGGGUGAGCAGACAUGAGCUACACCAAUGAGCAGACAUGGGCUGACAGCUGUCAUUUCAAAACUUUGCUCCCUUUUAAGAGCUCACUUUACAUGAAGUGCCUCGUCUAAAAAUAUGAUUUAACUAUUGAUUAAUAAAUUAUAAACCAGUCA